AGUUAAUUUACCUUAUGCACUAGAAUUUCGAAAAGCUUUGUCAAGGCUACCUGACAUGGAGCGAUUGCUGGCCCGCAUCUUCUCCACUAGUGAAGCUAAUGGAAGGAAUGCUAAUAAAGUGGUUCUGUAUGAGGAUGCAGCAAAGAAACAACUACAAGAGUUUAUUUCUGCUCUUCGUGGUUGUGAACUAAUGUCGCAAGCAUGCUCUUCUCUUGGCGUUAUUCUGAAUGAUGUCAAAUCUAGACUACUCCAUCAUCUGUUAACACCUGGAAAAGAUCUUCCUGAUGUCUGCUUGGCUUGAACCAUUUCAAGGAUGCCUUUGAUUGGGUGGAAGCCAAUAAUUCAGGCCGUGUAAUACCUCAUGAAGGAGUUGACCCUGAGUAUGACUCAGCCUGUAAGGCAGUUAAAGAAAUUGAGUCCAGUUUAUCAAAACAUCUUAAUGAACAAAGGAAAUUGCUUGGAGACACAUCUAUCACUUAUGUCACUGUUGGAAAGGACACAUACCUUUUAGAAGUCCCAGAAAAUUUGCGUGGGAAAGUUCCUCGGGACUAUGAGCUGCGUUCAUAAGGGCUUCUUUAGGUACUGGACUCCUGCUAUUAAAAAGUUCCUGGGAGAACUCUCCCAAGCUGAAUCUGAAAAGGAGUCCUUAUUGAAAAGUACAUUGCAGAGAUUAAUUGGACGCUUUGGUGAAAAUCAUACUAAGUGGAGGCAAUUGGUGUCUACUACAGCUGAGCUGGAUGUUUUGAUCAGUUUAGCUAUUGCUCAUGAUUACUAUGAAGGGCCAACAUGCAGACCAAGUUUUUUAAGCAUGCUAUCUACCAAAGACAGUCCUUACCUCUCUGCUAAAAGUUUGGGACACCCAGUCCUUAGGAGUGAUUCCUUAGGAAAGGGGGCCUUUGUACCCAAUGACAUAUCAAUUGGUGGUCAACACGAUGCCAACUUUAUUCUUCUAACUGGUCCUAACAUGGGUGGAAAGUCAACUCUCCUUCACCAAGUUUGCUUGGCGGUGGUUUUGACCCAGAUAAUAUCAUGGCUGGCCAGAUACAUUUUUAACUGAGCUUUCAGAAACUGCAACAAUGCUGGUGAGACCCCUCUGGCAUCAACUUUAAUAACGUGAAAUAAGGGUUAAGUAGGCACGAUAAUAAGACGGACUUAGG